AUGGCUGAGAUCCCGCGCGAGCUGCAGGACACGCUCACGAGCGGCGGCAGCGACGCGCCCGCCACGCUGACGAGCGGAGGCCGCCCGCGCCGCGCACGCCAGGCCCCAGCGCCGGCGCCUCCCGCGCGCAAGAAGCGCCAGGCGCCGCCCGCUGCCGCGCCGGCGCGCAAGAAGCCCAGCGGCCGAAAGCCGCCCGCGGCGCCGGCGGCUUCGUCGAAGAAACCGGCCGCGGCGCCGGCGCGCUCGAAGAAGGCCGCCGCGCCGCCCAAGAAGCCGGCUGCGGCUCCCAAGAAACCGGCCGCCGCGCCCAAGAAGAAACCGAGCCGCAAAGCGCCGGCCGAGGAGAAAGCGCCGCCGAAGCGGCGGCGCCAGGAGGCGGAGCCGGAGCCGGAGCCGGCCGCCAAGGCGCCGACGGCGCGGCGAUCCGCGCGGCUGCGGCCCGAGGCGCUCGCCGCCGUGGCCAAGGCCCAAGAGAAGACGACGCGCGGUUAUGAUUGGAAGCCGCCGUCGCAAGGCCCGCACGCGAUCGGCGCGGACGGCCUGCCGUACCCGUUGCUGCGCGACGCUGAGAAUCGCCUGGACGGGUCGCGGCUGCGCCCGGACGAGGCCUGGCCGACGCGCGUCAUCCCGCGCGCUACCGAAGAAUACGGCCAACCGGUGGAGGAGGGCGAAGUCGGCCCCCCUAUUCAGGGCGACAUCCCGCUCGCGACCAUGGUCGUCCCUGACCUCCAGUGGCUCAACCGCCAGCCGUCGGAGCCGCUAUCGGCGGGCUUGAGUUAUUACUACCCUCCCGGCGCCGAGGGCCCGGAGCGGUGGCGCAGCGGCUAUCAAGCUUUCGUCGUCGAGGACAGUUCAGGUGAAGUCUGCGCCGUGAAGCGGGUGAACACGCAGUACGAGUUCGGCUGCCUCUACGCCAAGUUACGCCAGCUCGAAAACUGCGUCAGGGACGGGUCGCUGCGCGAGGACGUCGUCACGCGGCGCGGCGCCAACAGCGUCGCCAUCGAGAUCUGGAUGACCGACAGCGGCAAAUACAACGGCAAUUUCCAGUUCGACGAGAACCUCGAUCGGGGGUCGAUAUGGCGCACCGACGAGGACCACGACGAGGCGCUGCGCGGCGACACCAUCAGGAAACCCCCGAAGGACGACUUUUCUAGGUUUGUGAAGUCGGUCGUAUUCCGCUACCCCGAGGCGUUUCCCGAGCACGACGACGCCGGCCAGCGCGGGUGGCGGGCGGUCGAGUAUCGCAUGGAGGCCCACUGCGAGCCGGGCCCGGACGACGACAAUUUGUCGCUGAACCGGUUCCUGGGCGUCGUGCCUCGCCCUAAGUCCACAGUCUUCAAGGACUCCAUCGAGGCGUUCCUCGAGGCCGCGACGACGGACGACGACGGGUCGCCCUGCGCCGAUGGCCAGGGCGCGUCGCGCGCGUGCCACGGCGCCAUGCAGUCGCUGUUGUUACCUUAUCAGGAUCGAGGCGUCGGCUGGAUGGUGCGCCGCGAGAACGCGCCCGAUCAUCUCACGUUGCACCCGGCAUGGACGCAACAGGUCUCGGACGACGGCUCCGUGUGGUAUUUACAUCGCCUUACGGGACAGGUCUCGAGGUCUUUCUUUCCGGCGCCCGUCGCGCAUACCUGCGGCGGCAUGCUCUGCGACGACGUCGGGCUCGGCAAGUCGAUCCAAGUUCUGGGGCUGAUUUUAUCGAACCCCGCGCCCGAGGGCUGGGCCGUCGAGAAAUUGCCCGCGCGGACCAACGAGCCCGUGCCCUGCAAGGCGACGCUGCUCGUGUGCCCCGCGGCGCUGCUUCCGCAGUGGGAGCAGGAGAUCGAGAAGCACACGCGGGCGGGCUCGCUCAAGUUCGGAACUUAUCUAGGCGUGGGCGCCUCGGCGAAGAAGAAGCGCGGCUCCGACGACGCCCUCGUCGACGACGACUCCGUCGGCGACCACGAGGUCAUGGCGCGCAUGAGAAGCUUGUUUGGCGAAGGCGAUCCCGAGCUGGCGUCGUGCGACAUCGUGUUGUGCUCCUUCGAAACGUUGAGAGACGAAUUGCGCAAGGUCCGGUGGGACGAGUCCCAGGACGGUCUGCCGAUGUCGACGCCGCUCGGAGCUUUGGGGUUCUGGCGCGUCGUCCUGGAUGAAGCCCAAUUAGUCGCGCAGACGACGUCGAAGGCCGCGCUCAUGUGCUCGGCAUUACUACGGCGCCACGCGUGGGUCGUCACCGGCACACCUAUCACGAGAAGCGCCGACGAGAUCCAGGGCCUGCUCGCGUUCCUCGGCGUGGCGCCUUUUACGGACAAGUACGUCUUUGAUCAGCUGUAUCGAGACCCGCUCAAGUGGCGCAACACGUACGCGGUCGGCUGCGAGCGCAUGCCUAAUUUAUUAAGAGGCCUCAUGCUCCGGCGCGGCAAGGACAAGCCGGGCAUCAAGGCCCAGACCAAGCUCCCGCCGCUCAUCUGGGAGACGGAGACGCUCGUCGCGGCGCCGGCGGAGCGCGCCGCGGUGCGCGUCGCCCUCGACCAGCUGCGCCGCUCCUACCGCGCCUUCGAGCGCGUGCGCGGCUCCGACGAGCCGGGCCGGCGGCGCCCGGGCCGCGGCGCCGCGAAGGCCAUCGGCCGGCUGAACGGCGAUCUUACCAGAUUGCGCCAGACGAUCUGUCACCCGGCCACGGUGAACACUCAAAGAGCCGCGGCGUCGGACGGCGUCUUAGAUGACGAGGGCAACGCCCUGCCCAUGGCCGACGUGCUCAAGAAAUUAGCGACGAAGGGCGAGAAGCAGCUCGCCACCGCGGCCGCAGCCUUCCUAAGGGCGCGCAUCGUCAACGUCGUCUGUUUCGGCGACGCGAAGCACGAGACGAUCCGAGCGGAGGCGGCCGAGCUCUGCUCGAGCCUCGACGACGAAACGACCACGAAGGAGAUCAACGCGCUGCUCAAGCGGCUCAAGUCCAACUGGAGCAAGGGUACCAAGGCCAUCCGCGCCGGCAUGGACGCCGGCGGCGGCGACGACGACGAUAGUGAGGACGACGACGACGACAGCGAAGCGAGCGACGAGGAGGACGGCGCCGCGAAGACGCGCGUGUUCGACGCGCCGAAGCUCGAGGCCUAUUCGCGGAAGCUCUUCUCUCGGGCGGGCCGCAAGCAGGAGGCGGAGGAGGCGGGCCGCAGGCUCGAGGAUAGGGCAAAGGCUGACCUGCGGGACAAGCAGGCGUCACUCAACUACCUACGGCGCGAGAUGGCCAACGCCGAGAAGGAGAAGGAGAAGGCGGCCGCCGACGCGGACGAGGACGACGACGAGGAUGAGGACGAUGAACCCGUCGAGGUCCACCAGUGCCCCAUCUGCCUCGACGAGCGCACGGUCGACUCGCAGUGGUGCGUGGCGCCGUGCGGCCACGGCGGCUGCCACGAGUGCGUCUCCGAGUGGGUGCGCCGCGAGCGGUCCUGCCCGAUCUGCAAGAAGUCCAUGUCGACGGAAUUAUUACUGGCGUGCUCGGUGCGGCCCGUCGACGAUAAAGACAAGAAGGCGGCCGAGAACGCGCCGAGCUCGGACGUGGCCGAGGCUGCGGCCGCCGGUGAGUGGGGCACGAAAUUAUCAGCCCUCGUCACGCGCUGCGGCGCCGCGGCGCGCAAGAAGGAGAAGGUCGUCGUCUUCAGCGCCUGGACGCGCCUGCUCAAGCUAGCCCAGAGCGCCCUCGAGGCGCACGACGUCGACGCCGUGUCUUUAUCUGGCUCGCCCGACGCCAAGCGCGAGGCGUUGCGCCGCUUCAAGGACGCCACGGUGUUGCUGGUCCCGCUCUACGGCGGCGCGUCGGGGCAGGGCGGUGGCGGCGCGGCGGGCUUGACGCUCACGAGCGCGUCGACGGCUGUGUUACUAGAACCCGCCCUGCAGCCGGGCAUCGAGCAGCAGGCCGCCGGCCGCAUCUCGCGCCUCGGCCAGACGAAGACGGCCAAGGUCGUCCGCCUCAUCGUCAAGGACACGGUCGAGGAGAAGAUCAUGGAGUGGUCCGCGCGCCGCGUCGAGGACGGCACGUCGCGCCGCGGCGGCGCCGCGCUCAAGCUGAACGACUUCGUGCAGUUGGGGAUUGUGUAG